AAUAACAACGUGGCAAAAAUGGCCAGCGAAAGCCGAAGCAGAGAAUCGGAGAAUGGAAAUGGCAGCAACAGCGACUCAAACAUGUCCUUGUACUUCUUCCUCCUAUAUCUUCUUCACCCAACCACAAAAAUCCCAUAUCCAUUUCCCAUUUCAUCCUCCCUCCCCCUCCCUUUUACGCCGUCGUUUAAGCUCAUCUGCAGCCAGAGAUAGCAGCAGUAGGAAGAGAAGAAAGUGGGACUCUAACGCCGAGACAAUUCGUGCCAAAGUUUUCAGAUUCAACACCCAAGAAAACGACGACGUAGAAGGAGAUGGAGAAGAUGACGAUUAUGAUGAUGAAAUGGCAAGUUCUGGGAUUAUUGAUAGCAUUUGGAUUUUCAAGGUUUUCAAAUCCUAUGGUUGGGCGCUACCACCCAUUUUACUUUCGUUGUUGUUUGCCACCGGGCCGAAAGCUUUCCUCAUGGCAUUAGCAUUUCCACUUGGGCAGUCGGCGAUAACUUUGGCAUUCGAAAUGAUUUCGAGGAAGUCGCGAAGCAAACAUAAGCGUAAGGCCAGGGUGAGGAAAGCGAAAAGAUAUGCAUCUCGGCGCACCGUAACAAAUGUUGAGAGGGAGGAGGAAGUACACAAAGUCCCGAAGAACAGAAAGGGAAUGAAGGGUUAUCAGUCAUGGGUCGUCGAUGACGAUGAUUCUCUCAACGAGCGUGACCAAAGCACGAGUAGCUUUGGCGGAUGGGACGAGCUCGAUGGAACGGGAUACACGAAAACGUCGUCGACUUUGGAAAAUGGACCUAAACGGACGAUAAAGGUGAAGGACAAGUUGAGUAUGGAACAGAGCAAAAGUAAUGAACCUUUUCUGUUGAGAUUGUUGCUUGCUGUCUUCCCAUUUUUAAGUUCUUGGACCAAGUUGUUCUGGUGAUCCC